AUGAGGUACCAGAAUUGGGAUGUACUCUUGUUUCCUGCCGACUCCAAAAUCCCUAUCCAGGAGUUUGACACAAAAUGUUAUGCAUUGGAGCAAAAUGGUCGCGCAUCAACCCUCCAAGCCAUUGACGGUGGCCACAACAGUUAUGAGUCGAUGACGAUACUCCCUACGUUGACGUGUUUCGUGGCAAGUCUCGACCGUGGUUCAUCCUUUCGAGUCUCGAUCCAUAGCUGGGAGAAGCCGAAACCCUCGAAUCUUCUCCGGAGUUACAAGACACCAGAAGAGGUCGUCUUGUUUGAAGCCAAGGUGUAUAUUGAUGGUAUAUUGAUGGCUCAGCGAACAUUCGAAGAUGGUGUUUGGCCAGAAGUGAUCGCGGACAGAGGAGGUCCUCACCGUCUGCGCUUCCCCAGUUUCCAUAAGGAAGUCCUUCAACAACCACAUUGGGAACCCGGCGACCCAGUCGGCCGCAUCAGACUUGUUCUCUCUGAAGGAGUCCUGAGAGAGACUACACCUCCAGCACCUUCAGCUGCGAUGUUUGACCGUUUCCGAGACGUUGUCGCAUUUUCAUUCCAACACGCGCCGCAAAAUGUCCUGGAGUAUUCUGGUAUUGCCUGGCCGAAUAUGAGACUCUUUGGCAAGGUUUCUAAAAGAUCAAUGCGACCGCCACCAAUUGGCAGUCGCCUGCCUCCAGUUCCCGGUCACGAAGCUCAUUCUCACUCACCUCGCCGUACAGCUGGUGCAAUCAACGGUGGGAGACCAUCAUCAGAAGAGAUGGAAGCUUUCCAGAAGCUGCUCAACGUGCAGACGUUCUCAGAUUUGCAAUCCGACCCGAUCAACAGAUCAGCCGCUUUCACAGCCCUGAGAAAAUUCUCCCCUGAAAGUCGAGAGAGCAGUGCAGACUGUGAAGAUCCUUUUCUCUCCGCAGCACCUGUCUCGACUCGGCAAUGGAGGGCGCAGCUCAGGUCCAGCAGCCACGAUAUUCCGAUGCUCGAUUACACCUCAAACAAUAGCGGAGCACCCACAGAAAUGUCCGGGCUCAGCUUUCCAGGGGCGGAUUUCCUCAAGCACAUGAACGAAGCUAAUCCACAGGAGAUCAUCCAAGCGCUCAGUCCGGAACGAAAGGAGCAGUUGUUCAAAGCCCUUGGCAAGUCACAGAAUACUGCACAUGGAACACAGCCUCCAACCAACACGCCGCGCAAAAUCAUGGAUCGCAGCCGUGUCCACUUGCUUGCCGAUCAAACAGUUGCAGCCCCCAGCACUAGGGAACAGUCUAACAUUGUUGGCGAAAUCGGAGCGGACAUGUGGGUGAGAGAUUUGCAAAAGCAUGAAAACAGUGAACGACAUUCUUCAGACUGUAGUAGUCUAGGCAGCCAAGGGGAGAAAGACCGCAAGCACAGCAAGAUCGACAUCAGUCCGAAGCGGCCCCAAGCAUCGAACGACACGGGGAGACGCAGCAGCCUAGUUCUAGCCGAAGUGAGAUCGUCCUCGGUUUGUAUCACCAGACAAAGAUCAAUUUCCAACGCGUCAAAACGCAAGCGCCAAUCUCUGUCUCCAUCUAUCACCAUCGGUACGCCAGUGAGCAAGGUUCCCGUGGUUAUCGACUCUCCAUCGACUGCCUCAGGAGGAGAGAAGGACUUAGGCUUGGCUAGGGAUACUCCCAGUGACGGUGGAAUGCCAUUGCAGGUAUGA